CAUCCUAUGUCCACGCAUACAAGUCAUUAAAAAUGGCUGCGCUACAGAGUAGAAAUUUGUCAAAAUUACUGUUUAUGGAAAAUGCACCACUUAUUAGCUUUAUUAGAAAGUAUGAAAAGCUUGUUAAGUUGUCUGAAUACGAGGUUUUAACAAAGAAAUUGCAACCUUAUCAAAAGAAAUAUUUACCAGGCCCCUAUCCAAGAACGGAAGAGGAAUGGAUUGCUGCUGCAGAUAAGUAUAAUAUGCAUAUUGAUGAAUAUAAAGCUUAUGCUCCAGAAAAAGGUACUCUUGUAGACUAUCCAAACUUACCAUUGAUAAGCGCAGAAGCUAAAGAUCCUUAUUAUCCUUGGGAUCAUCUUGGACCAAAAACAUGUUAUGGAGAAACUUUACCUAAACAUUUCCAUUUGCUGCAAGGAGAUCGGUGUAACUAUGGUGUUCGCCAACCCAUCAGUGAUCUGAAGGGUGCUGCUAUUUAUAUUGGCUUUGUAAUAGUUUACUUUCUCAUUGAUCACUUUUCAAUUAAAUGCAGUCAACCUAGACUAGCAAAACAAUAUCCAGGAAAAGGAGUACAUUAUACUUUUGAACUAAAAUAAUUUUAUGAAUAUAGUACCAUAUAUAUAUAGAAUGCUACAUGUAUACAUAUAUAUAUAUAUAUGUAACAAAAUGUAUAUAUUAAUUCUUCCUAAUAAAUUAUAUUAUUAUAGUCUAUA